GUGUGAGUGUCAUAAAGCCGGGCCCUGCUUGGCCUUCUUUACUUCCUUGGAAAGCCCCGCUUGAGGCGGAGUCGCGUUGACUGACCAGAGUCCGCGAGCCCCGCUUCCCUCGGGCCCGGCAGCUUUAUUCCUCUUGCGUCUUUAAGGCUACCCUUUGUUCAAAAUGUCCCUACACCAGUUCUUACUAGAGCCAAUAACCUGCCAUGCUUGGAACCGAGACCGAACUCAGAUUGCUAUUAGUCCUAAUAACCAUGAAGUCCAUAUCUAUAAGAAGAGUGGGAACCAGUGGGUGAAAGCUCACGAGCUGAAAGAACACAAUGGACACAUUACAGGUAUUGACUGGGCCCCCAAGAGCGACCGCAUUGUCACCUGUGGUGCUGACCGUAAUGCUUAUGUCUGGAGUCAGAAGGAUGGCGUGUGGAAGCCGACCCUGGUAAUUCUGAGGAUCAAUCGCGCUGCCACCUUUGUGAAGUGGUCUCCCCUGGAGAACAAAUUUGCUGUUGGAAGUGGCGCACGACUCAUAUCUGUGUGCUACUUCGAGUCCGAAAAUGAUUGGUGGGUAAGCAAGCAUAUCAAGAAGCCUAUUCGCUCCACUGUCCUAAGCCUAGAUUGGCAUCCCAACAAUGUCUUGCUGGCAGCUGGGUCCUGUGACUUCAAAUGCAGAGUGUUUUCAGCCUACAUUAAGGAAGUGGACGAGAAGCCAGCCAGCACCUCUUGGGGCUCCAAAAUGCCAUUUGGGCAGCUGAUGGCUGAAUUUGGUGGUGCAGGCAGCGGCGGUUGGGUCCACAGUGUCAGUUUCUCUGCCAGUGGCAACCGCCUUGCCUGGGUCAGCCACGAUAGUACUGUGUCCGUUGCAGAUGCCUCCAAAAACAUGAUGGUCUCACAGCUGAAAACGGAGUUUCUCCCACUGCUGAGUGUGUCGUUUGUCUCUGAAAGCAGUGUGGUGGCUGCCGGCCACGACUGCUGCCCGAUGCUCUUCAACUGUGACGACCGCGGCACCCUCAGCUUUGUAUCUAAGCUAGACAUUCCCAAGCAGAGCAUCCAGCGCAAUAUUUCAGCCAUGGAGCGUUUCCGCAACAUGGACAAGAGAGCCACUACGGAGGAUCGCAACACUACUCUGGAGACGCUGCAUCAGAACAGCAUCACACAAGUCUCUAUUUACGAGGUAGACAAACGAGAUUGUCGCAAGUUCUGCACCACUGGCAUUGACGGAGCAAUGACCAUCUGGGAUUUCAAGACAUUGGAGUCCUCCAUCCAGGGUCUGCGGAUCAUGUAAAGCUGGCCCCGCAUCCUCUAGCAAGACAACGAGCCCUGGCACCUGCACAGACUUGAAAAGGGAUGGUGAAGAUGGCCACUUCUUGAAAGCACUGAGAAAAUACUGACCUGAUGGAUCUUUUUUUUCCCUCUUUUCCUCCCCCAAUUUUGGUGAAAUGCAUUGGUUUGCAAAUCAGCUGUGAUUGUGGUAUAUAUUUGGGUAUUUUUUAAUUAUUAUUGGUUGUUUCAUUCCAUUCUUUACCAAAGCUGCUCCUUGAAAUAGUUUCUUGCAGGAAGUAUGACUCACUAACUUAAAAGGGGAAUUUUAUGUGAACUUGUCUGCUAGAAAAUAAAAGUUAAAAAAACCUGCA